AUGGCAGAGAUCAAGCGACCGGUGGGCUUACUGUUCGACGUUGGAGGAGUGUGUGUUGCAUCCCCGCUACAAGCUAUUCUUGACUAUGAGAUUAUCCGAAACAUCCCAUCAGGAUGGAUCAAUUUCAGUAUCUCGCGAACCGCGCCCAACGGUAGCUGGCACAAGCUCGAGCGAGGCGACAUCGGGGUGGACACGGACUUCUUUGCGGGGUUCAAUGCGGACCUGGCAAGCCCGGAACUAUGGGCGCAAUUCCAACAGCAACUUCAAAAGAAACAAGGCACAAAUGGUUCUACCAUUCCUCCAAUGCCGACGGUGGAUGCAGAAUGGCUAUUCUGGGAGAUGAUGCGGGUAUCUCGCACGACAGACCCCUAUAUUUACCCAGCUCUGAAGAAAUUGAGAGAGUCAGGACAGUUCCUGAUGGGCGCUCUAUCCAACACCAUUAUAUUCCCCGACGGACAUGAAUACAAUGAAGCAUCCGAAGUGAAGAAGCAAUUCGAUUUCUUCAUCUCGUCUGCGCACACGGGCCUCCGCAAACCUGACCCCAAAAUUUACCAGGUGGCGUUGCAGGAGAUGGACAAUUUAGCUAAGAGACGAGGACUAGCCGGAGCUAAUCCCGACGAUGUUGUGUUCUUCGAUGACAUUGGCGAGAACCUGAAGGGGGCGAAGAACGCUGGCAUGCGUACAGUCAAAGUCAUACUUGGAAAGACCCAAGAUGCGGUCAAGGAGCUGGAGAAGCUCACAGGCCUUCAGUUGCUGGAGGAGGACAAGGCACGAUUGUGA